AUGUACGAUGGCCCCGCAGAGUGCCGCACACCUAGCCUACCGCAAUCGUCCGGCAACUCGACCAAUGCUAGCAAGAGAACAUUCUCAGGAGGGAAACCAGUGGUACUAAACUCGGACUCCGACAGUGACUCGUUGACUGAUCUGGAGGAGCUGUGGAACGCUGAGCCUAUCAGCAAACCGAAGGCGGGGACGAGAGAAGCUACGGCCGGGAAAGGGGAAGAGUCGAAACGCUCCGGGCUGCCUCGGCCGCCCAAAAGACUGAAAGACGACAAGGCUUUUAAGCGCUUAGUGCAAGCGGCACAGAGAAAUGCUGAGAUGGAGCAGGACAUCGCCAAGGCACAGGCCGAGCUGGAUAAGCCCUUGCGCGAAGACUCGCCUGAGCGUGGUCUCAAAAUCAGUGAGGAGAUGGUAGCAGGUGCAUUACACGACGAAGACGAUCCUGAGAAGGCAAAGAAGCUGUACCUGGCUAUGCAGAGAACAAAUGCAUUCCAAGUAGAAUGUGCCUUCCACUUUUUCGACCGGGAGUCGGAUGAUGAUUCUGCACUCGAUCUGCCUUUUCCACUUGAGAGCUUGUCCUAUCCUCGAAUGGUUUCGAAAUUCGAAGAUGAUUCUACAAGAGAUCAGGCUUUCCUUUCUGGCUUUGCAGGGCUCCUUUUCAGUCGAGACCUCCCGGAGGAGCUCGCAGACUGGCUGAUCCAAGAAGCUCCCAAGUUCAGUCUACACACCCUCAUAUCCGAUAUACUCCUUCGCGUCAGGCAUCCCAUCCUACAACGGAACCUUGUCACCGCACUACCUACCCAUUACCCGCUUACUGCUUCCAUCCAACGGUAUCUGGCGCUCUCAUUCCUCCUCCAUCCGACUAAAAUCACCCAUCCCCUCACCAGCUCUGAAACAUUGAAUUUAAUCCACGACCACCUUCAGAACUCGCCGAACCUCUGCAUCAAAAAAGACACAGACUACGCCAUUCUGGCAGCGCACUUCCACCUACUCGACGUCGCCAUUGGCCCAGGACCUCUAACAGUGCCCUUCCAGCCAAUAAUUAGCCCGCCAACAUCCCAAGAUUCUCAGGGGCUGGAGUUGAUCGAAGAGAUAACACCCACCUCAGACGAAGUCAAGGCGUUCAACCGCGAAGUCGAUGCGCUUGCGCAGCAGAUCAAAUUGAUUGGAAACGGUAUCCAUGUCGCGGGCGCGAUAACAGAUCUCUCAAGGCUGGCCGCGAGCGAUGCUUGCGAUAGGCUGUGCACGCGGCUGGAGCACGUUGUGAGGAUUGGGGGGAGGAAGGUGAAGAAUGUCUUUGGGGAGGAUGAGGAGGGAAAUGAGGGGAGUAAGGCGACGUUCAAGAAGUGGCUAGGCAGGACGAAGACGCAGCCAAGGGGCCUAGGGGAGAUGCUGGCUAAGGGGGAUCCAAAGGACGGAGUCGCGGUAGGGGAUGGUGGUGGGGAAAGGAUCGCUGAGAAGGAGUCAGACUCGGCUGCAGACGUAACUAUCAAGAAUGAGCAUAACGGAGGCACCGAUUUCGCUGAAAGAAAUACGACUUCAGGUGCGGCGAUGACGGGCCUGGACACGAGUGUCAAGUUUGAGCGAAACGUGUAG